AUGCUGUCUCUACGGGCUAUUCGAAACUUGAGGUUCUGUACAGCGUCCCGCAACUUUCACAGCUCUGCUUGGGCUGCGAAUCGGCAGGACAAGACGCCUUUCCAGGUGUUUAUGGAGACAUUUCGGACCGAGAUGAAAAAGUCCAAGGAGUUGAAAGAAGAUAUUAAAGCAUUACAGGACGAAACUGGCCGUUUGUCUGAGAGUAACGCAUUCAAGCGGGCGAAAGAGGCACUAGAAAAAUCCAAAGAAGCCGGCUCUGCCACUGGUCGGGCUAUUAAGAAGACUUCCGAGGCUGCCGGCCAUGUUGCGUCGGCCACCUGGAAUUCGCCCCCCGUUCGGCUGUCUCGUGACGCAGCCUCGAAAACUGCCGAUGUACUGGAGAAGGCUUCCGAACCUUUGCGCAAAACUGAACUGUAUCAGAGCGUAAAGGAUGUUAUUGAUGACGGUGCAUCCGUUCGUUAUGGUGGCUUUGAGACGAAGGAGCAGCGUAGAGCUCGUCGUCUCAGAGAUUUAGAAAAGCGUCGCAUAGCUGAUCUUGCCGCAGGCCGUAACGGUCCUGUCAAAGCGAACGAAAAUGCAGGAGAGAGCGUUGUGGUGCACGCCACUGCCAAGCCUGAUACUGAUUUCAAGGCCACACCUUUGGGCCGUAAAAUUGGCGACAUGAAACUCGCCUACGAGGAAAGUGAGAACGGUCUUGUUUCGGCCGUUCGCACAGUUACCGACAAGAUCGGCUGGUUCUUUGCCGAGACAGAAAGCGGCCAAGUUGCCCGUGCAUUCAAGCAAAUGGACCCGAACUUUUCACAGGACAACUUCCUUCAGGAUCUGCGAAACUUCAUCUUACCUGAGGUCCUGGACGCAUAUCUUCGUGGAGAUCAGGAAGUGCUGAAGCAGUGGUUCAGUGAAGCCUCUUUCAACGUCUGGAAUCAGACCACCAAGGAGUACCGUGAGAAGCAUCUGUACUCUGCUGGUCGUAUUCUGGACGUCCGUGGAGCCGACAUUGUCCAGACAAAAAUGCUGCAGCCUGCUGAGAUCCCCGUGUAUGUUGUGAGUGCCCGUGUUCAGGAAACCAACUGCUACAAGAGCAUCAAGACCGACGAGGUUGUUGCUGGUAUCCCUGACCAAAUUCUUAUGUCUGCCUAUGUGAUGGUUAUUACUCGCAUUCCCGAGGAGAUGGAAAACCCAGAGACCAAUGGCUGGAAGAUCCUAGAGUUUGUCCGCGGCAAAUCCCAGGAGUGGACCUAA